AUGGACUACAUCGUGAAUCAGCGUGUUUGGCAUCGAGACGACGAUCAGGUGAUGCCCGUGGACGUGGAUGCAGUUCGCAGCUGGCACGGCAAAGGCGGUGAAGACUCCAAAGGCAAUGGCAAGAGUACCACAGGUAAAGUCAAAGGUGACAAAAGCAAAGCGGGAGGUAAAGGCAAGGACGGCAAAAGAAAGUCCAAGGUGAGAGGCACGCCGACCACCAUUCAAGAGGAGCGCGCGUACCCGUGGCCUGACACGGACGACGAGGGGCCCAUCUACGUGAGCAUGUUGGCGGCCGCAGGUGCGAGCAGCUUCGAAGACGACGACGCGGACUACCUGAUGAUCGACAGCGGCGCAGGCAUCGCUAUUCGUUCGAUGGAGUUCGCAGAGGCAGAACCGCAGGGCAGUAGCAACUGGAUUGCGCCGAAGAACUUGCCACCGCUUGAGGCCGCGACAGGGCAGUCGAUCAUCCGCAAUGGCGCGUGUGAGGUCAACUUCGCGGCGACGGCGCUCGACCAGCAGCGGGAUAUCUUCAAGGUGAGGUUCCAGAUCACGAACGUCAAGUGUCCGACCGUGGCGCAGCAGGACUUGCUGGAGGCAGGCUUCGUUCCCAAGUAUGGGGUGCACCCAAGCGUGCUGGGGGUGCCGAGCGGGCGGAUCUUACCAUUGGCGCAGCAGGGCCGCAUCUGGUACAUGAAGAUGGAGCACGUGGUCGCAGCCAGCGAGCCAGCAGUCGCGAUCGCCCCACUACGACAGCCAGUGGUAGCUCAACCCAUUCCAGUCUACGGGGAUGGACGGCAGCCAGGACGGACCUGGAGAGACGCGCCCCAGGUCUGCAUUGACUACUCGUUCCCAGGAAUGAAGGGCACCGAUGAUGUGAUGACGCUGCUGGUCUGCCUGGACUUCGAUUCGUCGGCUAUCGAGAGUGCGAAUGUCAUGGAGAAGGGCGCGGUGGAUUACGGCGUCAAGGUCCUGGUGCAGUCGUUGCAGUACUGGGGCCGCAAGCGCGUGGUGGUGUCGAGUGACCAGGAGAACGCGAUCACGGCGCUUGCGAGAGCGGCAGCAGCCGCACGAGACGAGGAGACGGUGUUGCAGGUCGGCCCGGGGCUCGAUUCCAGGCCCAAGGGUCCGGUCGAGGCGGCUGGAGGCAGAGUCCAUCAGCUCAUUCGCACACUCGUGUAUACCGUCAAUGCACACUACAAAGUGGAGCUGAAGCCAAGCGAGCCGAUCAGCAGUUGGUUGGCGAGGCACGCAGGCUGGAUCCUCACGAGGUUUACCGUGAGAGAAGAUGGGCUGACACCUUAUCGUCGGCUCAAAGGACGAGAUUACCACGGUCAGAUCGCAGAGUCCGCGGAGACCGUGAUGCACAAGUUACCCCCAGGGACCGCUGGGAAGAUGGAAGCCAGAUGGGACAAGGGCAUCUGGCUCGGCAAGGCGAACGUCAGCGAUGAGCACAUGAUCGGCACGCCACGGGGGCGGGUCUUUGCGAGAUCGAUCGCCAAGAGGCCCGACGAGAAGCGGCCGAGGUGCCUGGCCGAGGGGAUUCUCAACCGGUUGGGUCGGGCACCUGGCUGCCCAGCUUGUGACAAGACGGGCCAGUACCACACUGCGGAGUUCAGAGCCAGACUGGAGGCUUUGCUGGGCGCGGAGGACAACGACGUGGCGAUGGAUCACGAGGAGGAAAGCGUUGAGAUGAUGGUGCGGGAUCCCGUGGAGAUUACCGAAGGAGUGAAGCGACAGGUCCCAGAGAAGGAGGAUCACCCAGAGAUCAAGAAGGCGCGCGCUGUCGGCGGGCUGGCCGUCAACGUCAUGCCAAUGGAACGGUGCGUGGUGGGCCUUGGCGAGUACGCCGCGGAACCGUGCGAGGAGAAGGGCCUUUCCAACGUCGAGGGGGCGCUCUCUGGACAGCUGCUUCCAGCAGGGAAGGUUCGAGAAGGAAGAGCUCGAGACCGUGCCGAGAUGAAAGGGCAUGGAGCGCUCAAGCGGGUUCACUUCACGGAGGCGAAAGGCAUGCGCGUUAGGGGCAAGUGGUUGCAGGACUGGAAGGUGGGCACCGACGCUGCGCGGUGCAGGUUCGUGGCCAUGCAGGUUGCCUACCAGGCGCGCGAUGACGCAUUCGCUUGGGCGCCCCCGCUGAAGUUCGCCAGGCUGGCGCUGGUGCUGGCAGUGACGUUCAGGAACCACAUGGAAGUCUACCUGUUAGGGCUCUGGGACAUCAGCAACGUGUUCUUCCACGCUGAGAUGGACAAGGACGCGUGCGCGGUGCCGCCCUCAGGUGAGGAGGAGCCAAAUGUAGUCUGGCAGUUGCGGAAGGCGCUGUAUGGGACCAGGAGAGCGAGCAAGCUGUUCCAGCACAAGGUCAUUGGGACGUUGAUCGAUCAGGGCUUCAUGGCCAUCCACAUCGUGGUGCACGGAGACGACUUCAUGGCCGUGGGGGCGCUUGUGGACCUGAGGUGGCCCAACGAGAUCCUGGAGGCGAAGUUCGAGGUGAAGCGGUCGCCGUUCGUGGGGCCCGCAGGAGAUGGAGGUGAAGCGACGUCAAGCUAUUUCCUGAAGAGGACGGUUAGCUGGACAGAGAAGGGUUUCCACUGGGAGAGCGACGCGAAGCACGCGAGGACAGUGGUCGAGGCCUACGGGAAGCUGCUCGCGGCGAGGGAGAUCUCGCCGGCUUCCAAGAGCAUCGGGAAGGAGGUGCCAACGGCGUUGGGCAAGCUGGGAUACGCGGAGAAGAAGGUGUUCCAGUCGGCGACGCCGACGGCACUGUACUUGGCAGCAGACAGAAUUGACAUCCAGUUCGCGACGAGCUGGAUCAUGCGCGGGAUGCAGGAGCCACUGGUGCUCCACGAGCUGGAGCUGAAGCGGUUGGCUGCCUACUUAGCGACGCACCCGCAGAUGAUGUGGAUUUUUGAGUAUCAGGAGUUACCGAGCGAGGUGCCCAUCGUGACGGACUCGGACUGGGCUGGAGAUGAAGAGACGCGCAGGGGCCGUGGUGGAGGUUUCGAAUACCAGGCGACACGUGCGCUGAGCAGUGGAGAAGCUGAGUAUGUGGAGAUGACUAACGGCGCUGCGCGGGGGAUCUCCGCGAAGAACCUGUUCGAGGAGAUGGGCAUCAAGAUGACGGUGAAGGUGUGUGGUGACAGCACCGCCGCCAUCGGGAUAUGUUCGAGGCUGGGUGUCGGACGAAUCAGACACCCGGACGUGAAGUACCUGUGGUCGCAGGAGAAAGUGGCCGAGAAAGCAGUGCGCACCGCGAAGGUGCCGACGGCAGAUAACGUAGUGGAUUUGAUGACGAAGGCUCUGGAUCCCGCUCGUCAUCACGAGCUUGUGAAGAGACUGCCCGUGACCGCAUGGGCGCAGUGA